AUGGAAGAAGAGGAAAAGAAAAAUAAACCUUCAGACUCUGAUUUUAAACAGCAGCGAAUAAAAGCAUGAAAAUUAACUCCAUCAAACACUUCAUUGGGAAUUAUUUAUAUUGCUAUGGGAGUAUUCUUUGUAACCUUUGGAGCAGUUUAUUUGUAUGAAUCUAGCGAAGUAAUAGAAGUUGCCAAACGCUAUGAUAAUCUCGAUGAAUGCAAAGCUGACUGAAAAAACCCAAAAACUUGCAUUAUAGAAAUGGAUAUUUCAGAGCACAUGGAAUCUCCUAUCUUUAUCUAUUACGAAAUCAAUAACAUGUAUCAAAAUCACCGAAAAUACAAUAAAUGCCGCGAUAUAAAUCAGCUUAUGGGAGAAGACCAAUCGAAAAGCGAGAUUUCUUCAUAUUGUGAGCCGGUUGUAACAAUGAAAGAUCUAGGGCUUAUCACAAAUUUGUCUGAAGAAGUUGAAAUUGCAAACCCAUGUGGGCUAGUAGCAAAGUCAUAUUUUAACGAUACUUUUUUGCUGAUGCCACCUGCAGACAGUCCUAAAGAUAUUAUUGAGGUAAAACAUGAUGAUAUUUCAUGGUGGGUGGACAGACAUGAAAAAUUCAAGAGAAAUGAGCACUGGGAAACUGUUCAGUGGACUGAUGUAGAAAAUGGUAAUUAACAUGUAGAACAUUUUAUCAAUUGAAUGAGCACGGCUGGAUUGCCAACUUUUAGGAAACUCUGGGGGAGAAUUGAACAUGAUUUAGAUAGUGGGAAAUACCGAAUGCAGAUUACUAAUAAUUAUGAUAUCAGUUCUUUUAGCGGAGAAAAAGGUAUCAUAAUUACUACUCAUUCAAUUUUUGGAGGGAAGUUGAACUUUUUAGGGAUAGUUUACAUUGUGGUGGGAGGACUCUCUUUUGUUGGAGCAAUAGUUAUAUUUGUGACUAAUCAUUAUAUAGCAAAACUACAAAGUAGAUAA